AUGGCCAGUCCAGCCACCAGCACUUUCCGUCCCCCUAUCUCGCCUCCUGCGCCAGUAUACCUACGAUCAUCUCCACCGCCUCCUACAGAGUCGGAUAUCCCUCCCCCUCCCCCAUUUCGAAAGGGACUAUCAGACAGUCCAGAAGCAAAGCCUAAUGUUCAGAAGAUUUCGAGAAAGCCCCUACGGCCGACUCCGCUCGAAAUUGGUCACGAUGCUGUCAUACACAAUUCCCCGGUGUCCCCGGUUAAAAUAGACGACGGGAGUGAACUUCCCCAAGCCUCUAGUGCUCUCAUCGAGCACUCGAAUCACGGCUACUCCGAGCACACGCCGCCUGUCGAAACAUUCUCCAGAAUGUCUGUGAACGACUGGCCCCAUUCGCAGCAGCAGGGUGCCGGGGCCGGCCGGCCAAACUCCGUACCACCACCACGGGCGGAUUCUAUUCCUCCCAUUCAGCUCUCGCAGCCUCAAGAUCACCGUCAUACCCCCGCAAGUAGUAGCUCGUGGUCGUUAGUCGGGCCGCCUGGCAAGGAUGAGACUCAAAGCCAUGACAAGGCGAAUGCCAUGCCAGAGGAGCAUAGCUCAAACAAGAGCACUAAUGAUGCCAGUGACGUCUCGCGUGGAAGCGUUGAUAGCAUGCCAGAACCUGCUGAGAUAUACCAACCGCUGCAAUAUCACCACCAGCCAUUCCGCGACAUCACCAAUGGCCCAAAUGGAGCAGGUCCGAACGGCAACCUGGCAACUGCGCGCAAGAGUUCUGCUGGGCUUUCCAUUCCUCGACCUAGUUCAGCAUAUUCGUCUGUCUCUGAUCUUGCUAACCGUGGGCGAAAUCUAUCCCCACAUCCUUCCCCCAACUCACAGGCUCGAGGUUCUUCACGGGAUUCUACUGCGUCUCCGGAUAACCGACCGUUGUCUUAUAUCGAUCUUAUGAACGUGCCCUACCCUCAGCCACCUCCUGCACCAACGGCGAUGAGCAAGUCCUACCUUCGAGCUUUUGUCGGCAACAAUGCUUCUCUCCUCGGCCACAAGCAGACAUUUGAGAUGUAUCUGGCAAAUGUCAAGAAGGCAAAUGACCCUUCGAUACAGUAUGAGUUCGCCGUCUUCAUGGUUAAUGCUGUCAGGGAGAUGCCUCCUGAAGAACUCGAGGAUGGUGAGAGCUCAACGCAUUCCGGGGCGGAGUCGUCAGAGAUCACAAGAGCGCGACUUCUUCGAGAAGCCCGCUCAAUCCUUCAGCUACUCGCAAGCCGCGGUCACCCCUUUUCGCAGUAUUAUCUCGCUGAUGGAUAUGCUUCUGGGCUGUUUAGCAAUGGAAAGGAGGACUACGACCGGGCUUUCCCUCUUUUUGUCGCGGCCAGUAAACACGGUCAUGCUGAGGCAGGUUAUCGGGUCGGUCUCUGCUAUGAGUUUGGCUGGGGAAGUAAGCUUGACGGCGCCAAGGCCGCGCAGUUCUACAGACAAGCGGCUUCGAAGAAUCAUCCGGGUGCCAUGCUGCGGCUUGCCAAGGCAUGUCUCGCAGGCCAGAUGGGUCUAGGUAAGCGCUAUCGUGAAGGAGUGACUUGGUUGAAAAGAGCGGCGGAAUCUGUCGAUGAGCUGUACAAUGCUGGUCCGUACGAGCUGGGAUUGUUGCACGAGACGGGGUAUGGGGAUGAUGUCUUUCCCGAUCCAUCAUAUGCGGCUCAGCUAUUCACCAAAUCCGCUGAACUGGGCCACCCCGAGGCGAAUUAUCGACUGGGAGACGCGUAUGAGCACGGCAAGUUAAAUUGCCCUCGGGAUCCUGCACUCAGCGUGCACUUCUAUACAGGGGCUGCACAGGCUGGGCAUCCAUUGGCGAUGAUGGCAUUAUGCGCCUGGUACCUUGUGGGAGCCCAACCUGUGUUGGACAAGGACGAAAGUGAAGCCUACGAAUGGGCUAAGAGAGCUGCUGAGACUGGGCUCGCAAAGGCACAGUAUGCGGUUGGCUACUUUACUGAAAUGGGAAUUGGUUGUCGCAGAGACCCUCUCGAGGCCAACGUCUGGUAUGUCAAAGCUGCGGAUCAAGGCGAUGAGAGAGCAAAACAUAGGAUUGCAGCCAUUAUGGCCGCUGCCGAAGGCGCAAAUCCUGCAACACCCGUUGCUACGACAAAUAGUGGCUCGAAACAAAAGUCCAAAUCGGACAUUUCGCCAGGUAUGUCAGAACGUUCAGGGAGUCGAAAUUGUCAGGUGUCUAACAUGCCAUGCUUAGGCGGAGAUAAGGCGAAGCCUAAAAGAUUUGGUAUCUUUUGA